GUGAACGUUGCAUCAAGGGAGUAAAUAUGGCGCCGGCCAAGAGACGCAACGUGAGUUCAGUAAAGUCAUCGAAAUCUAAUGCUAAAACAGCUAAAAUCGACUUGGACUGUAUUGUCGAGUGUGUACUUGAAAGCAAAAAGCAUGCCAACGACGUUUUUGAAAUUCUCGGGGUCCUCCAGGCAGAAACAGAGAAAGAUGUUGUUAAUGCUGUCAACGCAUCCAGUAAAUUAUUUACCGCGUUGUUGGAGAGAAAAGAGCUCUUCAUGGGAAAACUCCCUGGAGAAGAAGAGGCGUUAAGCGGAGGGUACAGUGCUGAAAAGAAGUACCAGAUUUUUAUGCGACACCGAUACAACAACUGUGUGGAGAUGCUGCUUGAGCACCUAAACCAUGAACUGUAUGGAGUGAAGGAAAGUGCCCUAUGUUGCUUGAUGACAUUUGCAGCGGGGGAAGGAAAGCAUCCUCUGGAGGACUUGGACUGGAGUGAACAUUACAGCUUCCCUCGGGAACUGAUCCAGGCAGUGGUGGACAACCUUUUGUCUCAGACCACAGACAAUUCCCUGCUGAUCUCAAGGUUCCAGGAGUUUCUUGAGAUGGAAGAUGUGCGCUACUAUGUAAUGAGCUCCAUACGUGCAAAUGUGGGCAAAGUUAUGGACAAAAAUAAAGGGGCUGUGUUGCCUGUAUAUCAAAACAACACUUUCACUCUCAUGUGCAACAUCACUAUGCCCAGCCAGGAAUCAGAGCUAACCAACUUCAUGGUCAAACAAGAAGCUAAGCAUGAAGAUUGGAAAGCAGCUAAAUUAUUUGACCACAAGCGUGCCUUUGAGCGGAUGUGGCUCGGCUUUCUCAAGUAUAAGUUGCCCAACAGCAUGUAUAAAAAGAUAUUGGUGAUCCUUCAUGAGUCCAUUUUGCCACACAUGAGCAAACCCACAAUGUUGCUUGACUUUUUGACAGCUGCCUAUGAAGUUGGUGGAGCCAUCAGUCUGCUGGCCCUAAAUGGCCUUUUUGUCCUAAUGCAUCAACACAACCUAGAAUAUCCUGAUUUCUAUAAGAAGCUGUACAAUCUUCUUGAGCCGUCUGUUUUCCAUGUGAAGUACAAAGCACGCUUUUUCCAUCUAGCCAAUCUCUUUCUUAGCUCCAGUCACCUGCCAGUUUACUUAGUGGCUGCGUUUGCCAAACGUCUGGCUCGUCUGUCUCUCACUGCUCCACCUACAGCCCUUCUUAUGGUGCUGCCCUUCAUCUAUAACCUGAUCCGUCGCCACCCAUCCUGCAGAAUCCUGAUUCACAAACCCAGCACAGAAGAUGAGCCCAUUGAGGAUCCAUAUGUGAUGGAUGAAGAGGACCCUGCUCAGUGUCGUGCCUUAGAGAGCAGCUUGUGGGAAAUUAAGACACUGCAGAAGCACUACCAUCCAGAUGUGGCCAAAGCUGCAAUGCUGAUCAACACACCCCUGUCAGAGCAAGAAGAUGACAUCAGUGAGGUGUUAGAGAUGACAGCAUAUGAGUUGAUGGACAGAGACCUGAAACAGUCGCAGAACAAGAGCAUCGCGCUGGAGUUUGAAACAGCGACACAUUUACUCAAAGGAGGCGGAGACGUGUUAGGACAGCACUUUUGUCUGGUGUGAAAUAAACUGAAAACAAAGGGCUGGAUUCACUGUGUGAUGUCACUUUUUCUAAACUGGUUCAUCUUUCGAGGUGGAUGCUCAUUACUUUUUUUUUUUUAGAGGGGCACCAGCUACAUGAGCAACAAGAAAAAUGUGUUUUACCUGUAUUUCAUUUUUUUUAUUCUUACUCUUUGAUGUAUAACUGAUGUACACCAUUAAAGAAGUUCCAGUCACAGUUUA